AUCACAUGACUUGGAAAAAAAAAACAAAAAAAAAAAAAACAAAUAACAAAUGGCAACAGGAAUUCGGAAUCCAAAAGCCAUCGUGGCGGCGCUUCUGCUUCUGCAAAUCGCCGCCUUCUGCAGUCCAUGGCCGCUAUCGACGAAGUCGCGGUGGAUAGUCGAUGACGCGAGUGGGCAGCGCGUGAAGCUAACCUGCGUGAAUUGGCCUUCACAUUUGGAGCCAAUGAUCGCAGAAGGCGUGGAGAAGCAGCCAGUGAGCGAUACAGCGAAAAAGAUAAUCGAAACGGGCUUCAACUGCGUGAGGUUCACGUGGCCCACGUUCAUGUUCACGAGGCCCGAUUACGGCAACCUUAAAGUCUCCGAAUCCUUGGAUAAAUACAACCUGUCGGCGGCCAAGGACGGCAUUGCCAAAAACAACCCCCAGUUUCUGAACAUGACGGUGGUUGAGCUUCACAAGGCUGUGGUUGAUGAGCUCGGGAAGAAUAAGGUGAUGGUGGUGCUCGACAACCACGUCAGCCGCCCCUCGUGGUGCUGCGGCUACGAUGACGGCCAAGGCUUCUUCGGCGACGCCGAUUUUAGCCCGGAGGAGUGGCUGCAAGGCCUGGAUACGGUCGCCAACACAUAUAAGGGCAACCCUGCGGUUGUUGGUAUGAGCAUGAGGAAUGAGUUACGAGGUAACCGACAAAACGAGGCAGACUGGUACAAAUACAUGCAGCAAGGAGCCAACACAAUUCACGCACAAAGCCCAGAUUUCCUAGUCAUCGUCUCAGGGCUGAACACCGCCGGCAACCUCGGAUACCUCAGAUCCCAACCGCUGGCGGUUAGUUUCAGCAACAAAUUAGUGUACGAAGCGCAUUGGUAUGCCUUCGGCACUCCUGCCGACCAAUGGGCUACCCAAACUAACCAGUUGUGUGCCUCUGCGACGAGAUCCACACACGACAAUUUCUUCUACUUGACCCAAGGGAACAACUCUUUCCCUCUUUUUCUGAGCGAAUUCGGCAUAAAUCUAAGCGGCGACAAUGAGGGCGACAACAGAUAUAUAGGUUGUUUAUUGGCUGCUGUUGCUGAGGCCGAUGUCGAAUGGGCUUUGUGGGCUUUUCAAGGCAGUUAUAUACUUAGAGAGGGAACCGUUGAUCUUGAAGAACUUUAUGGAGUUCUUGAUCGUAGCUGGGAUCAUCCCAGGAGUCCUGCAUUUCUUGAUAGGUUGCAGGUUGUUCAACAAAUAAAUCAAGAUUUCAAAUCGCAGAACCCAACAUACUAUAAAAUGUUGCACCCUUUGAGUGGGCAUUGUGUGCAAAUUGUGGGGAGUGACAUAGUUGUGGCUAACUGCAAAAACGCAAGCCGAUGGGAGCAACACCAAGAUGGGGGGCCUAUCAAGCUGGUUGCGAGUCCACAGUGCUUGGGGGUGGCUGGAGACGGGGCGGCGCCCCGUCUCUCGGAGGAUUGUUCGAGCAUGUGGAAGCUUGUGUCGAGUUCUGGUCUUCAUUUGGCUGCCCAGAAUGAGAAUGGGGCAAAUUUGUGCUUGGAAAUGAAUGCAGCAGAUUCUAAAGUUGUGACCACGAAAUGUUUAUGUGUUGGAGAUGAUCUUGCUGAUUUACCUACUUGUGCUGACAAUCCACAAUCACAAUGGUUUAAGUUUAUUCCAUCAAAUAUUUGAUGAUGCAUUACCUUGUAUUCAAACAAUUAAACUAGUCCUUCAAUCCAUUAAUUCUUCUAAUAUAAGCAAUAAAUAGGAUCAUUUCAUCCUAUUUCAUU